CAAAAACAGCCUAGGAAAAAGAUUCUUUGAUAACACCUCAUGUUUCUCGGUCAAGCACUCCCAGAGAGUCACCAUGUGGCAAAAUUGCUGUAGCUGUAUUAGAAGAAACCACAAGAGAGAGGACAGAUGUUAUUCAGGGUGAUGAUGUAGCAGAUGCAACUUCAGAAGUUGAAGUGUCUAGCACAUCUGAAACAACAACAAAAGCAGUGGUUUCUCCUGGAUUUAGUUUUAAUGCACCUUUGAAAAGUAACAAUAGUGAAACUAGUUCAGUAGCCCAGAGUGGAUCUGAAAGCAAAGUGGAACCUAACAAAUGUGAACUGUCAAAGAACUCUGAUAUGGAACAGUCUUCAGAUAGCAAAGUCAAAAAUCUCUUUGCUUCCUUUCCAACGGAAGAAUCUUCAAUCAACUACACAUUUAAAACACCAGAAAAGGAAUAUGAAAAGCAGUCAGAGCAACUGGAUGUGGAAAAAGAACGUGCUGAUAAUUUUGAGCGUCAUAUUGAAGACCUUACAAGACAAUUAAGAAAUUCGACUUUGCAGUGUGAAAAAAUAAAUUCUGAUAAUGAAGAUCUCCUGGCUCGUAUUGAGACACUACAGUCUAAUGCCGAAUUAUUAGAAGUACAGAUUUUAGAAGUCCAGAGAGCCAAAGCAAUGAUAGACAAAGAAUUAGAAGCUGAAAAACUUCAGAAAGAAGAGAAGAUAAAGUUUCAGGCACAUGCCACUACUGUAAGUGAACUUGAAGAACUUCAGGUACAACUUCAAAAGGAAAAGAAACAGCUUCAGAAAACCAUGCAAGAAUUAGAGCUGGUUAAAAAGGAUGCCCAACAGACCACAUUGAUGAAUAUGGAAAUAGCUGAUUAUGAACGUUUGAUGAAAGAACUAAAUCAAAAGUUAACUAAUAAAAACAACAAGAUAGAAGAUUUGGAGCAAGAAAUAAAAAUUCAAAAACAGAAACAAGAAACCCUACAAGAAGAAAUAACUUCAUUACAGUCUUCAGUACAACAAUAUGAAGAAAAAAACACCAAAAUCAAGCAAUUGCUUGUGAAAACCAAAAAGGAACUGGCAGAUUCAAAGCAAGCAGAAACUGAUCACUUAAUACUUCAAGCAUCUUUAAAAGGUGAGCUGGAGGCAAGCCAGCAGCAAGUAGAAGUCUAUAAAAUACAGCUGGCUGAAAUAACAUCAGAGAAGCACAAAAUCCACGAGCACCUGAAAACCUCUGCGGAACAGCACCAGUGUACGCUAAGUGCGUACCAGCAGAGAGUGACAGCACUACAGGAAGAGAGCUGUGCUGCCAAGGCAGAACAAGCUACUAUAACCUCUGAAUUCGAGAGCUACAAAGUCCGAGUUCAUAACGUUCUAAAACAACAGAAAAAUAAAUCUGUGUCUCAGGCUGAAACUGAGGGCGCUAAACAAGAAAGGGAACAUCUGGAAAUGCUGAUUGACCAGCUAAAAAUGAAAUUACAAGAUAGCCAAAAUAACUUACAGAUUAAUGUAUCUGAACUUCAAACAUUGCAGUCUGAACACGAUACACUGCUAGAAAGGCACAACAAGAUGCUGCAGGAAACUGUCCAAAGAGGCGGAACUCGGGAAAAAUUGUAUUCAAUACAAUCAGAGAACAUGAUGAUGAAAUCUGAACAUACACAGACUGUGAGUCAGCUCACAUCCCAGAACGAGGUCCUUCGAAAUAGCUUCCGAGAUCAAGUGCGACAUUUGCAGGAAGAGCACAGAAAGACAGUGGAGACAUUACAGCAGCGGCUCUCCAAGAUGGAAGCACAGCUCUUCCAGCUUAAGAAUGAACCGACCACAAGAAGCCCAGUUUCCUCUCAACAAUCUUUGAAGAACCUUCGAGAAAGGAGAAACACAGACCUCCCACUUCUAGACAUGCACACUGUAACCCGGGAAGAGGGAGAAGGCAUGGAAACAACUGAUACUGAGUCUGUGUCUUCCACCAGCACAUACACACAGUCUUUAGAGCAGCUGCUUAAUUCUCCCGCAACUAAACUUGAGCCUCCAUUAUGGCAUGCUGAAUUUACCAAAGAAGAGUUGAUUCAGAAGCUCAGUUCCACCACAAAAAGUGCAGAUCACUUAAACGGCCUGCUUCGGGAAACAGAAGCAACCAAUGCAAUCCUUAUGGAGCAAAUUAAGCUUCUCAAAAGUGAAAUAAGAUUGGAAAGGAAUCAAGAGCGAGAGAAGUCUGCAGCUAACCUGGAAUACUUGAAGAACGUCUUGCUGCAGUUCAUUUUCUUGAAACCAGGUAGUGAAAGAGAGAGACUUCUUCCUGUUAUAAAUACAAUGUUGCAGCUCAGCCCUGAAGAAAAGGGAAAACUUGCUGCGAUUGCUCAAGAUCUCUUCUGGAAAACAAAAACUUUAAGAAUCCGCCUUCAUUGAAAAUUCUUAAUGAUGUACUUCAAGCAAAAAGAAAAUUUCCUAAGUAAAAGAUCUAAGACGCAAGAAAGAAAGACAUGCAAAGGAAACUUACCACCAUAUUACAGAUAUGGACUGUCAGUCUGACUGGUCACACUAGGGGCAUUUUGUUACCAAGGCCUUGAAAAUAAUAACCAACACUGCAUACAUGAGGGAUGCCAGAAGAAAGGUCUGAGAGCCACUCUUCCUGGCACUGAAGGAAACAGGGCCCAUCAGAGCAAACAAGUACCUUUUGCCUCUUUCAUCUCCUUGGAAGCAAAUGUUUAUAAUCUCUGGUUUUGUGUAAAGUUUAUAACAGUAUUUUUCAUUCAGGUUGCUACCUAUUAGUGGAUGGUGAAAUUAAUUUGGUGGAUCACAUUCAGAAUUUUUUUUUAAAUCAAAAGAAUACAAGCUGGGCUCAGUGACUCACACCUGUAAGCCCAACAGUUUGGGAAGAUGAGGCAGGAGGAUUGCUUGAGAACAGGAGUUCAGAAUCAGCCUGGGCAACAUGGCGAGACUGUAUGUCUACAAAAAUUUUAAAAUAUGCCAGAUCUGGUGGCAUGUGCCCAUAGUCCUAGCUACUCGAGAGGCUAAGGCAGCAGGAUUGUUUGUUAUAAGGAGUUCGAGGCUGCAGUCAAACUUCUGGUCAAAAUCCUGGUCACGCCACUGCAUUUUAGCCUGGGCAACAGAGUAAAACCCCAUCUUUAAAAAAAAAAUUAAGAAAUAAAAAUAAUAUGUCAAACAUUUAGAAUAUAUUGAAUCUAGUAAGGGUAAGCAAUUAUUUCUUGAAACUCUACAUAUAUACAUGAGUGUUGGUAAAUACCUGACUGUAUCAUCAGCUCUAGAUAUAAAAUGUUUAUGAUGUUGGCUGUAAGUUUAUGAGGAAUAGUUUUCUUUUCUGUGGGUUUGGGUGUAUUUGGGAAACAUUAGCUUAGGGGGUAAAGCAGCAUCAACUCUGAAAAGCAGCAUCAAAGUCCUUAUAAUAAACAUAUUAGAGGCCCAACUUAAAUUUCAAGCAGAUGUCAUGAGCUGCUCAGAGUAGCGUGUUACAACUCUGCGUUAUAAGGUAAAAUGACUUAGAGUGUAGCAGUAGUCCCCAAACAAUGUCAAAUAGACACUGGUAAGUAUAGAUUGCUCCUCUCCUUGCAUCACAAAUGUUAAUUCACCCUGCCCCCACACGCAUUAAAACUCAGCAUAUUUCACAAAUUGAGUGUUUCAUUUCUAUUUGAGAUAGACUUAUGGUAAGUCAGCUUUGCUCCCCAAAUAAGUUAGCCAUAUAAUACUUCUAUAUGCAAAAUUUGAAUCUCAAUUUUACUACUCAAGCAGGAAGUAAAAGUCGUUUUUCUGUAUCUUCUUUGCUCCCAGACUGGGUUACAGUUUACAGAUCUGAAUAUUGUCGCUUGUACACCAUACAUACACAGAGGUCUAAAACUCUCUACAAGUAAAUGAAGAGGGAAAAAAGCCCAGCAACCCAAUAGGAAAAUAGGCCAAGCUGUUAUAGGCUUUUUGAUCAUCUCCAGACUGGCAGGAAGAGAAUGCAUACUCACACUGUAAGUGCCUGAUUUGAUUUGCAGAGGAUAUAGAACCUUAUCAGAAAACAACCUUCCAAAGCAAGAGCAAAUGCACCCUAUCUCAGCACAGAUUUUCUUCAAUUCUUAUUUACCUAAGGAGAUGAAUAGCUGCCAGGAACAUUGUUUGCACAAGGGCAGGAGCCUGCCAGAUCUGAGAACACAGCAAAAUUUUUGUCAAAAAUCUUAUAUUCAGCUUACACCAUUCAUUUCAGGUGAACAUACAACAAUCUGCAUUUCAGUUCAGGGAAACGUUUACAGACAUCUGGUUCUCUUUAUUCUUGGGAACAAGGUUACCUCACUUGGAACGCAACCAGUGCCAAGUUGUCCAUCCCUAAGCAAUAUCGCUUCCUCCUACUUUCUAGAAGUUCUUCAGAUUGUGGAAGACAGACUUCUCAGAAUUCUUUGCCCUCAUUCCCUUCUCCAGAAAUUCAUGCCUUUGUAUAAUCUCUUCCCCUUGAGAGCCAGUAAGCUUAACCUAAUGAGUUAUUUUUAACCAGUAGAAUACAGCAAAAAUGAUAGAUUACAAGAGAUUGUGGCUUCUGUCUUGCUAGCGGACUCUCUCUGUCUUCUCUGCUUGCACACUUGGUUGAAGCAAGCUACCAUCCCAGAGGCAAGGAACACAGGCCAUCAGUUUAGCAGCCUUGAGGAACUAAAUUCUUCCAACUACCACAUAAGUGUGGAAGUAGAUUCUUCUCCAGUCCAGCCUUCAGAUGAGACCCCAGCCAUGCCAACAUCUUGAUUGCAGCCCUAUGAGAGACCUUGAAAUAGAACCAUUUCUGAUCUCCUGACCCACAAAAACUGUGAAAUAAAUAUGUGUUAAGGUACUAAGGUUGUAGUAAUUUGUUAUGCAGCAGAUUGUAAAUAACACAUAGAUAAAACCAGACAGAACAGAAAAAAUAAAAUGGCUUUAACUCUAGAAAGUUUCCCCAUGUAAAAUUUUGAAAAUGCUACUCUGCCUAAGGUCAAACUGUCAUACAUAGAUACAUAUGAAAACACAGAAAGGUGUCUGGAAGGGUAAUACCAAAUUAAAUCUUUAUCCAAGAGGAAUGAAAACCAGUAUUCACACAAAAACCUAUGUACAAACCUUGUGAAUAUAUUAAAAACCGGUGAAUUAUGCGCUUUAAAAAGGUGAAUUAUGUGGUAUAUGAAUUAUAUCUCCAAAACAUUUAAUUAAAAACCUGUAUACAAUUAUUCAUAGAAACUUUCUUUAAAAUUGCUAAAAACGAGGAAGAUCUCAGUUAUCCUUCACUUGGCAAAUGAAUAAACAAACUGGUACAGCCAUGCAAUUGAAUACUGCUCAGCAAUAGAAAAGAAUGCACUGCCAGUACAGCAACAUGGAUAAUUCUCAAAUGCAUUAUGCCAGUUGACAGAGGUCAGACUCAGAAUACUAUGUACAGUGUGAUUCUACUUACAUGCCACUCUGAGAAAAGUAGAACUAUAAGGACAGAAAACAGGUUAGUGGUUGCCAAGGAGUGGGAGAAGCAGCCAGGGAGAACUUUGAGGAGGUAAAAAUGUGCCAGGCCUUGGUCGGUGGUGGUACAUAACUCUGCAUUUGUCAAGACUCAGUGCUAUAUGCUGAAAAUGGCAGGUUUUACUAUAAGUAGGUUGUACCUCAAUAAACAUGAUUUUUAAAUGAUUAAAACUUUGGUUUUUGUUUGUUUUGGUUCAGUUUUAAGGUUUACCAUAAAUCUAUUGGUUUUAGAUUCUAAGUUGUAUAUGAGCUUCUGUUUUAAAAGAAUUUUUUUUUUAAUCCUCUUAUUGUCAACAAUAUUUAGUUGUGCUGGAAAUUUUAUUUUGGAACUGUUUAAUAGAGAAAGACAAUAAAUAAUGUUCAAGAACAGACAUUGAUUCAUAACAUCAAAGUAUGUUCUGAGAAGAUGGUAUUUCAGAAUAGAGGAAGAAUUUCUUAUGUGCUGGUAGGAUUGUUUGUAGAUAAUCAUUUCUGCAUAAUUUUCAUAGCUGGAUUUCUUUAAUAAAGCCAUUUAAAGGUUAAGUUCUAGAUUGCUUCAUGUUGCUUAUCAAUGUUUUAAAGCUAAAAUAUAAAAUUAGCUGUUAAGUUGGCUCAACCGGAAAUUCAGUAUAUCCUUUAAAAAGAGAAAUUUAGUAAGUAAUGUGUCUAAAGAAUGACAUAUGGAUGGGUACAGUGGCUCGUGACUGUAAUCCCAACACUGUGAGGCCGAAGUGGGAGGAUCACUUGAGCCCAGGAGUUUGAGACCAGCCUGGGAAACAGUGAGACCCGCAUCUCUACAAAAAAACAGAAAAUUACCCAGGCAUGGUGGCACACACCUUGUGGUCCCAGUUACUUGGGAGGCUGAGGUGGGAGAACCACUUGAGCCUGGGAGGUCAAGGCUGCAUUGAAGUCUUAUCACGCCACUGCACUCCAGCCUGGGUGACAGAGCAAGACCCUGUCUCAAAAAAAAAGAACCCCCCCCAAAAAAGGCAUGUAAUCAGUAAAAAAGACAUUAUUUGCUUAUAUUGUAGAGUGGUUCUAAAAUAUAGAUUUUACAUUGAGAAAUU